AUGCUAAGAUUUUUUCGUCUUAUCUUACUCAUUUUAUCUUUGGCUGUGAUAGUGUUGUCAGCAUUUGCAUUCACAGGUUCCUACAAAAAUGAAGCGUAUCUUACGAAGACAUAUUUGAUCGAUUUCCAGUUGAACAACUUGGACUUGUCAAAGUUGAUCACUGUGAGUGAUUUGAAUAAAAUAAUUUCUGGUAAUGUGAAGAGGUCUAUCGAUCUUCAGCAACCGUCAGUAUCUGUUGACUUAAAGGAAAGGACGUCUGCCGAUGACGUUUCGUCUUCAGUAUCGAGUAUUGUGAGUCAGGCCAGCAGUGUAAUUGACGAAAUUCUUGAUUUGAAAUAUUCGGAUUUGGGUUUGGCAGAUGUAUAUUCUGCAAGUUUUUGGGGUUACUGCAAGGGCAAUGUGACAUCCGAGAAAAAGCAGAGUAGUAAUGAAGUACUCAAAGAAUUUGAUAACAAUAAGCUUAACUUCACGUGGUGUUCGAAGCCAAAGGCGGGCUAUUUCUUUGAUCCUUUGACUAUCUUCAAGGAAGAAGUCGGAGACGCUAUCAAUGGCACGGUGACCGGUGGCAUAUCUGACCCCGAUCUUUCGGACACAGUGAAAUCGGCACUCGCAGAAGUUUUGGAUAAGCUUAACUACGACUCUUUUAAUUUACCGGGUAAUUUAAAUGACAAACUUAAAGUUUUAAAUGGUGUUACGAAAGCCGGGUUUGCAUUGAUUUUGGUUACUAUAAUCCUCGGGUUUAUUUGUCUUGUCAUGCAAACAUUUGCAUGCUGUCUUUCACCUGAUUCGUGCUGCCUAUCUUUUUUGAAUUUCUCGCUACAGUUUAUCACUUUUCUUGCAGCAUUGGUUGGUGCAGCACUUAUUACAGGAGCUUACGUAUAUACAAGAAAGGAAAUUAACGACAAUGUAUCAAGCUACGGGGUCAAGUCAUAUCUUUCCAUUAAUUUUUACGCAUUUAUAUGGUCUGCGGUUGUCGCAGCUUUCCUCGUUAUUGUUAUAAGUGCCUUAGGACACUGUUGUGGUCUUUUCGGAGUUGAAAAGAGAAGCUUCAAGCCAUAUAGACAAGUGAGUGGGGGUGAACCAAAUAUGGGGUAUGACCACUACCUGUAUGAGAAGCUGGUAUAG